CCAACUGCAGAAAGAUAACCUCGUGCGGAAGUUUCACGAGUGCAUUGUUCGGCGGUAAUCAAGUUAUGCUUAAUGUGGAACAAUGCGUAUUGAGAGGUGCUACUUUUGUUCUGGGCCGAUAUAUCCUGGUCAUGGAGUAAACUUUGUUAGAAAUGACUGUAAGAUCUUCAAAUUCUGCCGCUCAAAAUGCCAUCGAAUGUUCAAACGUAAAAAGAACCCACGUAAACUACGUUGGACCAAAGCCUGGCGAAAGACCCAUGGCAAGGAACUCAUCGUUGAUCCUGUAUUCGAAUUGGAAAAGCGACGAAAUUGUCCAGUCAGAUAUGAUAGAGACUUAUGGAAGAAUGCCAUGAAUGCAAUGGAGAAGAUCAUGGAGAUCCGCAAAAAGCGUGAGGCUCAUUUCAUCAUGAACAGACUGAAACAUGGCCGAAAACUAGAACGGGAACGUGACUUCAAAGAGGUCAAACGCGAUCUCUGUCUGAUCAAGAGCGUAUGUGCAAGGGAUCGACGAAAAGAGAAAGUUCACAUCGAAGAGGCUGACGCAGAUCACGAGUCGGAUGAAGCCAUGGAUGACUCCGACGAAAAACCUGUUGCUGAGGGGGUGUAACUUAAUUAGCUUUUCGCUCCGCUGUUUUCCGCCAUAAUGGGCCUAGAACUGGUACCGAUACCCUGCAACGAAUUUAAUGUACAACACUACACACAUGAUGUAUAUAUGUUUUCAGCUCAUGCAGGAAAAUCCUGCGUGUGGUACUAAACAAGCUAUAUUUCAUCAAACCA